AGUCGGGUUCCCGAGUCCCCGCUAUAGUCCCCGCCCCUUUUCCCGGCUCGCCGUUAGUCCAAGGGCGGCCAACCGCAUAGUAGUAGCAGCAAUAGCAGGAGACCACAGGAGACCCCAACCAUGUCGUCCACCACCAGCAGCACCAGCAACAGCGCCACACCAGCAGCCUCUACCCCCAGGGCGUCGCUGGCCUGCAUCCCUUGCCGCGACAGGCACGUGAAGUGCGGAGCCGAGCAGCCCCGGUGCGAGAGGUGCGCCGUCGCCGGCAAGGCUUGCUUCUACACCAAGUCGCGCCGCGGGGGCCUCGACCGCGCAACCCUCACCGCCCGUCGCAAGAGGCGCGCCGAAGCCGAGGCGGCGGCGGCGGCGGCAGCAGCGGCGACAGCAACGAAUGCCGCUCAAUCGCCCAAAGCACUCCAUCCGGGGCUCGAGCUGUCGGAUAUAGCCGUCGAGGACAAUAACGGCUCGCCGACGGCAGGUUUUGGAUGGCAACAGCAACAGCAACAGCAACAGCAACAGCAACAGCAACAGCAGUUGCUCGCUUCUCUAGAGCCAACCGAUCAACAGUCGCUGUUCGGUCUGCUGGACCCCUUCCUUUUCGACAAUGCUGAACCAACAUCAGACACGGCCUAUAUCUACACCGGCACCCCCGAGCCUCCUGCCCCGGAUGCCUCCCUGGAUCUGUACUACCUCCGAUUCCAUCGGCUACACCCCUUUGCCCUCCCCCGACCGCGACUGGAUCAGCUGCUAGCCGACCCAGCCCGGGCAGCCGAGUUGAAUCCCCUGGUCUCGGCCAUGCGAUAUGUCGGCUCCCGCUAUGCCGGCCAGCAGCAACAGCAACAACAGCCUUCGUCUGCCCAGCAGCUGCUCGAGCUGGCCCGGACGGGCGGCGACGCCGGGCCCGGCCCGUUCCUGGUCCAGUGCCGUCUUCUGCUCUCCAUCGCCCUGUACUGGACCACGGACCCGGCCGAGGCGCGCGCGCUGCUCAACUCUGCUGUCGGGCUGGCCGUGGACCUGGGCAUGAACAAGGCCGAGUUCGCCGACGCGUGCGCGGCGGCCGCCGACGGCGACCCGGUGCUGGCCGAGAGCUGGCGGCGGACGUGGUGGCAGCUCAUGAUCCUGGACGCCUGCAUCGCCGCCACGGAUAGAGUGCUGGUAUUUUGGGUCUGCACCAUCGAGAACACGGUCGGUCUGCCGUGCGAGGAGGACGAGUACGAGAGCAUGAUCAUCCCUCCCACAAGGACGAUCGAGGAAAUGGACUCGCGCGACCUCGAAGCCGACAGCCCCGCCUUCUCCUCCUUCGCCUACCUCAUCGACGCCUACCGCAGCGCCGCCGCCGCCCUGGCCGCCCUGGCGCCGCCGACGGACCCCUCGGGCUCCUCGCGCGUGCUGCACGAGACCGACGCCGUCCUCGACGCCUGGCUCCUGCUCCUGCCCGAGUCCAAGCGCGACGCCCUGGCCGCCUCGGGCGACGCCGUCGACGAGCUCAUGUUCCAGGCCCACAUGGUCGUCAACACCGUCGUCCUCACCGCCCACCGCCCCCACUCCCGCAUCCUCUUCCACCCGGCCGAGCGCCUGUCCACCUGCGUCGUCUACCCGGCCCCGCUCCCGGCCGCGCGCGAGUCGCUCAUCAUCCACACCACGCGCUGCCUGCGCGCCAUCGAGGCCCAGGUCCGCCUCCUGACGACCCUCCCGCCCUCCUCCUCGGCGCACAACAGAAGCGGCGGCGGCGGCGGCGGCAGCGGCGGCGGCUGCAGCAGCCGCCCGGGUGCCGGCUUCGACAGGUCCCCCUUUGUCGUCUGCCAGCUCGCCACGGGCGCCGUGCCGCUCCUGGCCGCCUGCCGCUCCGUCCUGACGGGGCCCCGCAUCGCCGUCGCCCGGAGCCAGCUGCGCCUCGUCAUCGCCUGCCUCAAGGCCCUGGCCGAGGUCUGGCCCCGCGUCGACCGCUACGUCCGGGAGCUGCAGGAGCUGGCUCGGCUGAUGCUGCUGCGCCCGCCGCCGCCGCCGCCGGCGUCUGUGGCGGCGGUCGGGGCUGCGGCAGUGUCGUCGCUGCACUAUGGUAGUAGUAAUAGUAACGGCAACGGGAGCAGCGGUGCGAGUGUGGCCACGUCGACGCCUACCCCGCCCACGCCACCACCGCCGCCGCCGCCGCCGCCACUCGCUGACGACGGGGGAAUGGGCGACUGGUUGCUGAGCGACGUCGCCGCGGCAAUAACUGCGUUUCCCGUGCAAAACACGCCGCUUUGGAGCGGCUGCGAAAACUUGCUACUGUCUGGCUGCGACUUGUCACUGUGGUCAACAUGAUGUGGAAGGCUUUCUUCGCUUGAUUUUGACCACUCUGAAUGCCUCGGUAGUCUAUCGUCUGGUCCGUAGAAUCUCGAAAAAAGGCAUCCUAAUAUUGUGGUAAUAGAGAGGGUGAAUGGCAGGGGUAUCAGACAAUGGGAUGGCAUAACAUGAACGAUAGAUACACCAUUCUCCUCUCGAUAGCCGUCUAAAAGUUGUCUCAAUCAUCUCAAAGCAGGCGGGGGAUGGCCCAACAGAGGCGAACUAUAAAAAAAAAAAGUACGGAACAAAUCUGAUAAACAUAAAAAAAAUGAGUAGGCAUAAAAGCCCAGGCUCC